UAAUUUUAAGUUAUAUGAUUAGAAUGUGUUCUAAUAAUAAAAAUUAUUUCUUAUAUAAAAUUUAAAAACUUUUACUGCAAUCCUUAAAACAUUAAUUCCAGUCGAAUAUUUCGAAAAGUAAAAAGAUAACCUAAUAGCAACUCUGUGAUCAAAUACAAAUGUAAACAAAAAACCCGCCGGCUGGUUAUAAACAACACACCGUCGAAAUCGUUAUCAAGUAGGGAACCUUCGUUUGCGUUCCUAUCGUUAAAUAAUCAAACUUGACGGUUCAAUUACCACCGAUGGCUAGCAGCCAAACAACCAAAUACAUUUUCUACAGAUAUACGCGAGAAAGUUCCAAAUGUUCUGAAAUUAAAUAGACUUACCAGUCAGCAGUGCCUUUUAAUUGUUGUAAGUGGUUACCACGCCCUAACUAGUUUCUCAUGAGCAGUAGAUUUUCUCAGCUUGAAGUACUUUGCCAUUAAUGUACCUGCAACGCCAAAGAUCAAUGUUUGUACUAGUGCUGCACUUGCUUCUGCAUCACAUAUCCAUUUCAGUAUAUGGCAUUAAUCAUUGGAUUGUGCAGAAUGAUGGCCGUAUUACACAAAAAAUUGAUUCGCCUUUUCUACUGCGUGAACCGCAUAAUCUAGUAGCAUUUCUAGACCAGAUACGACGCAACGAUUACGUAGAGCAAUCUUAUCUAAAACUUAGACGUCAACGUGAAUUAAUUGCAGAGCAUUUGCGUUAUUCGAAACAAUUCAGUGAAGAUCUGGUUGUGCAGGCGGAGCGCUUGCAACCACAUUUAGGGGCUCAGACUCAACCAAUGCAAAACUUGAUAAACUCGUUGGAAGCUCUCACAAAGCAAACAGCCAAAAUGUAUAGCUAUCUGGAGUUUGUAAAAGAUGAAUUGAAAGAGUUCAGAAAAUUGAAAAUGCAAAUAACACAACAUCAUGAAAAGCUAAUACAACAACAGGUCCCACUUGCGUCUCGCCAAUUAGAUGAAAAGACUAAUAACGAGGAUUUACUCAAGCGGGGUCAAUACUGCAGUACGCGGACACUUUCUAGCACUGAAGAUCCGGUUUUAUUUUGUGACUUUUACUCUGAUAUGCAAAUGCGUUUAGAAGACAAGGAUGUUGAUCCUGAAGCAUUAGAGCGUGACUGGCAGCUGACGAGUGAGUCUGUGCUAAAUCACGUGACUAAUCUUAAUAUACAACAACGCAUGAAUCUGGAGCAAAUAAAAACAAUGCGAUCACAAAAGCCUACAGCUGCAUCAAGCGUCAAGAAUAAAAAAACACAAGCAUCGUCCAUAACUUCAGAUGGUACUGGUAAAGAUACAUGAUUCAGAUACUUUUGUGAAAAGUUUGGUGUCUUCGGUUAGGUCUCUUGUAUAAGGUUUUGUUUUUAAUCUUUGCUUAGCAAUAAAUCAUAAAGUAUUUCUGAAGUUUCAAGCAGUUUUUAGGCUUAUCGUCAUACUUACUAUUAUGUGUGCAUGUCGUUGAACUUAAGACUAAAUAUUUAAGAAAACUCCCUUUGUAUUUUUCGAUAAGAUAUUUCGAAAUUUUACAAGUUUCUUUUAUGUUUACAUUUUUUACAUUAUACAAAUAAAAAAUGCAUAAGAUUUUAUACUAU